GAACCAACGACCUCUGCAAUUCUGAGCAGUGUUUUGCCAACUAUAGACCACCGAGAUUGCCCGGUAUACACCAAUUCAGGAAUGAUGCUGCCGGGACUGGGACCCAAGCCUCGCGCUUCGGGGGUUAAAGUGCUCGUCUUCUUGAUGGCUUUUAGUGUAUGGAUGUGCAAACGUACCGGUGCAUCGUCCGACUUUGAUGAUGAAGAGAUUUAUACAACCAUAGGCAGAUUCUGUAAUAAUAGAUGUGAAACAGAUUCACAAGGAAGGAACCAAUGCUGUGUCAAUGUUGUUCAUCAUUGCCAAAAAAUCUGUGUCUAUAAUGACUGUCUGCAAUGUUUACGAAAUCCAGGUUUGCGCAAUGAAUGCUUACAUCAACAAGAUAUCACGUGCCGAAAUAGCACCUGUAGGCCUGGAGACAACAGAGAACAUGUUAAUUGUAUAUGUAGUCAAGAUUUAAAGAGGUGCGUAGAUGAGGAUUACUGGAUGAAAUAUUACACUGAUAUGACAGAAACCAAAGCGCCAGAAACCAGUGGGAACGAGGUUAACGUGACAGCCAUUAUUUUAGGCUGGAUCUUGUCCCUUGUACUUCUGCUUGUCAUUAUCGGUGCCGUCGUGUGUUACUUUCAAAGAAAAUGCAACUCGUCGGGACAGCCAUCUAUGGUCUCUUCAGACGUGGAAUUGACAGCCAAUGGUUCGAGCAGAGCGCAGUUAGCCGUACCACCACCACCACCACUACCACUAGGUGGCAGUGUUGGAUAUUCAUACGCGUACGACCACGUGACAACCAAUCGAAGUACCGAAGUCCACACGUACGAUUACGUAGACGACGGAGAGGGGAGCUCCCACUAUUUCAAGAAUGGGCAAAGAAAGUCGUCAUCUGAAGAGAAGGGUGGAGUUACUGAGGACGCUAACGAAACUCAAGUCCAAGAAGUACCGGUAAGAGAUGAGGGGGAUGAAGUGACGGGUGUUGACGCAAGAACCACCGAUGACGUAGUUGAGGUGACUGACUCGCCAUCAGGGGUUCGCUCAACUGCAGCUGAGGGCAUCGACCCCACUUACUUUUCAUUGAUCCCGACUGAGGAACAAAAGGCACAAAGUGAAGCUUCUGGAAACGAGGUUGCUGCUGUGCCGAAUGAGGGCAAUGUGGCAUCCUCAUCGACAGAGGUUCUUACACAAAAGGCACAAAUUGAAGCUUCUGGAUACGAGGUUGCUGCUGUGCAUCAUGAUGGCAAUGUGGCAUCCGCGGCGACAGAGGCUCUUACACAAAAGAUUCAACAUGAAGCCUCUGGGUACGAGGUUGCUCCUGUGCCCAAUGAGGGCGAUACGGCAUCCUCAUCGUCAGAGGUUCAUACAAAAAAGGCACAACAUGAAGCCUCUGGGUACGAGGUUGCUGCUGUGCCUCACGAGGGCAAUGUGGCAUCCUCGUCGACAGAGGUUCUUACACAAAAAGGAGACCACAACACAUAUUUUCCACUACUUCUAAACAACACAGAUCAAAAGUCCACAAAAGAGGGUUCCGAUAGAAAUCAUGUUGCAGGGGUGAUGCAACCGGCCACGAACACACAAAGUUGGUCCGAAACCUCGUGUCCCAGCCUAAAGACCACUGGGGCUGAAGAGACAACCUCCUAUGACCACUUAGUGAGAGAUCCGGAUAGGGUGUCGCAUGAUGGCGCCCUGUCAGGACAAAAUAACAACGACAACUACCAACAUUUGAAAGUGUAAUACACUACUUGUUUUGGGGAAAAGGUCUAAUGAAACCAUUUAAUCAAAUGAAAUCAUUGUAUCAAAUGUAAAACCAGUCCAUGUAUUUAUCCUUGCAGAUAAAGACAACGGACCAGUAUGCUUUAGGGCUUCCUUUUACCCCCAAAUGAGGGCGCUGUGAUAGCUUAUGAAGCCAUGGUCAAGUUCAUGUAAGCGAUUAGACUUGACCAGAGCCGUAAACUAUAGCCCUCGAAUUGACCAUAUAAUCGACCAUGCUUUAGUGCAUGCAUGGUUCGAUUUCUACCUCCAUGGUUUGAUGUAGUCAAUCUCCCUGUGCUCUAUGGUUUCUGGUUAGUCUAGUCGGUCUAGUCAAGUCUAUAGUCGCCACCCGAACUCGCUCCACAAUGCAAUGCUUCUAUAAGUACACCAUAAACGAAAAUGAAAAAAAGAUAUCAUAUAUUCAGCAGGUUUCGUGACAGAAACCGAAUCUUCUACAUCAACAUUCAAAGAGUGGUUGGUAAUGAAACGCCCAUUGUGUGGGAUAUGGAAUUACAUUUUCUUGUUAUAUCAUGAUGGAAAAUAACAACCGAUGUAUAAAUGAUAUGUAACCCACACGUUUUUAUUUUCUAUAAAAUCAGUAACAGUAAGCACUAUCUCAAGAAAUCGUCAUUAGUUUCGAAUCAUUAUAAUUUUGCUUGCGAAGAGGAAGUUCCAAGCAGUUUAGGUUGUUUGCCAGUUUUUGGACAUUGUGGCUUAGGCAUGGUGGACUACCGAAAUGUUUUUUGCACCACCAUGAUCACUACUGAAACGAAGUUUUGCACAGGUUUGUUUGAUUGUAUAAUAUCUACAACUACAUAGGAUGUAACAAGCUAACGGUUAAAUAAAAACCAAAAGUAUAAUAUUUGCCUUCAAAAUGGUAUCUGUUUUAAGAGUAACAAUAUUGUUUAUAAUUUGUACACACCGAUGUGUGUAAGCACUGUAAUUACUAGUACUUUCCCGAGUUCUGUGAAAACAAACAUCAGAGGCAUAUUACUCGGGUGGGAUUCGAACCCACGACCCUUGCAAUUAUAUAGAACAGCGUCAUACCAACUAUAGACCACCGAGAUUUCCCGGUAGCCAGAGGCUGUUCGAAUCCUAUUUUUAGCAGUGGGUAUCCGCAACCGAUAGUUGUUAUUGUAAAGUCAGAGAACAUCCUGUACAUUUUGCAUGGAGAUGUUGGGACCGUUCAGUAUUAAAGGUAGUGGACACUAUUCGGAAAUUACUCAAAAUAAUUUUUAGCAUAAAAACUUACUUGGUUACAA